AUGGCACGCCUUUCCAUCCUCGUCGUCGCAUUCCUUCUCACAGUCGGCUACACUGCACCUGUUCCUGAAGCCAACCCCUCUGGAGGUCUCGGUAUCGCGGGCUCGCCACACUUCAGCUCGGGAUUUGGCCUUACUAGAGGUAGUAAGAGGGAAGCCGUCCCUGAGCCCGAGCCUGAAGCCGAACCAUCAGGAGGCCUCGGAAUUGCUGGAUCCCCACACUUUAGCUCGGGGUUUGGUCUUACCAGAGGAAGCAAGAGAGAGGCUCUCCCUGAACCUGAGCCUGAAGCCGAACCUUCAGGAGGCCUCGGCAUUGCUGGAUCCCCACACUUCAGCUCAGGAUUUGGCCUCACCCGAGGCAGCAAGCGAGAGGCUCUUCCUGAGCCUGAGCCGGAAGCUGAGCCUGAAGCCGAGCCUUCCGGAGGUCUUGGUAUUGCUGGCUCUCCCCAUUUCAGCUCAGGAUUUGGCCUCACUAGAGGCAGCAAGAGGGAAGCCCUCCCUGAAGCCGAACCUGAAGCCGAACCCUCAGGAGGUCUCGGCAUUGCCGGUAGCCCACACUUCAGCUCAGGAUUCGGGCUUUCCAGAGGAAACAAGAGAGAGGCCGCCCCUGAGCCCGAGCCAGAAGCCGAAGCCAAUCCAUCUGGAGGUCUCGGUAUUGCCGGCUCCCCACACUUCAGCUCAGGAUUAGGACUCUCCCGCGGAAACUAG